CAGCCAGUCUAGUCAAGAACCCUCAUCUAUCACCAUUGCUACGAGCAAGGGGGCCAUUGUGAAAGAAGACACGAGCGGCACGAAAAUGCCAUCGUCGAAUCGACGAGCCUGGAUAGACUCACGGGGCAAUAUUCACUGGUUCACGAGUGGUCCAAGGGAUGAGUAUGAAGGUAGAGUACCGCGGUCAAUCCCCAACUCGAAAGGACAUAGGGUGAGAUUCUCAUGCUCGACGCGUGGGGGCGGUGGUCCUCCAAGCCGCAGCAGACGCAGACACAGGCGGGCCAGGCACUCGGGAAACGGUGAUGCGUGCUUAAAUCUUGAAGGCCGGUAUGAUGUGGAUGGACAGUACGACUAUUAUGACAUUGGCAAUGCUGCGAGGGAGAGGAUAGUGAGGAACUGUGAGCAUGGGGCUGUGCCGCAGCUUUGUGAGCGGUGUGAACAGCGUGGUAGGCAACGAAGUCGGUCUCGAAAUCGACCUCCGUCUCGACGUCGAUGGCGGAGUUCUUGUACGGACACAACAUGCAGCACCUGCAGCACGUACAGGUUUCGGAGAUGGAGUCCAAGGUCAAGGUCGAGAUCAAGAUCACAAAGGCGGCGAGCAGGAAGGCGUCAGGCUAGAGAGACGUCACGGUGUGAUUAUGGCCGUGGCCGCGACUCAGACCGUGAUGUCGAGGUACGGUGCUAUGGUGCUGUUGGGCCUGCAUACGCCGUUUCAUACGGGUAUAACUAUGGCUCCGACUAUGGGAACGGGUAUGAUUGGACACGAGGUGCUGCUAGCAGCAGGCGUGGGAAGUCCAAGUCGGUAUCAAGAAGGAGAUCGAGCGUCAUGGAGCAAGAUGCAGAGGAGUAUAUUCGUGUUGCGAAGGCCGUGGCGCGGGCGCAGAGACACGCGGCUAGACAGGAGAGAUGGUCGUGGAGGGAGUAUGGGAGGUGAUGUGGUUAUUGACAAAGGAGCCCGGUUGCAGUCUCUCUCGUUGUACUAGAAUAGAUCGUCGACUUGUGAUUGACCUUUAUGCCGUGUGAUUCAUGCAUACCUAUAAAGUUUGUAGUUCGAUCAUAUCUCGUGCAUUGAACUCCAGAAGAAGCCUCAACACGGCUCUUUUCAUUUACCAACAAGCUCCCUUGUCGUCGCAUAGGG